AUGCUGCUGGGCCAGGUCACCCUUACCCCCUUUUCGGUCAACGACAUCCUCCAGCUGGAACGCGAGCAGGGCGAGCCCGGGUCUUUCCCGAUGCCCUGGAUGGGACCCAGGGGCCUGGGACCCCAACCGAGUGAGUCAGAGGUCUACCUCUCCAGCAGUGUGGACAGGGCCGACCGCCGGCCCCCUGGGCCCCCUGGGCCCCCUGGGCGUCCCUGGGGGUCCGUCUCCACAUCGGAGGAGGAACGGAUGGAAGAGCCACAGGCUGCCCUGAGCGCGCCGCCGCCUCCCCUGGGCAGCGGGAACGGGAUGCUGGAGCGCGAUGGCCACGGCGAGGGCGCGCGCGGCGGCCGCCCCGAGCCGCCCCCAGCCCGGCCGCAGCGCCGGAAGCCGCGGGUGCUGUUCUCGCAGCCCCAGGUGCUGGCUCUGGAGCGGCGCUUCAAGCAGCAGCGCUACCUGUCGGCGCCCGAGCGCGAGCAUCUGGCCGGCGCGCUGCAGCUCACGUCCACGCAGGUCAAGAUCUGGUUCCAGAACCGGCGCUACAAAUGCAAGCGGCAGCGCCAGGACAAGUCGCUGGGCCUGGCCGGCCUCCCGCCGCCCCGGAGGCCCCAGCGCCACCGCGCAGGGCGCCAGGGCCUGGUGAGGAUCGCCCGACGCCCGGCGCGCGCAUCUCGGCUGCCUCCACGCUUCUCCCUGGGUGGGCUUCUGGGACUCCGACCUGACCCCCCACCCCGAGAGCCGCCGGGCUGCCGGGGGAGAGAGGGGGCAGGGGAUGCAAUUUGGAGCGUCACCGGGAAACCCAGGCCUCGCGAGCAGACUCGGUGUGGGAAGGCGAUCGGGGAUGGGGGAGGGAGACGGGAAGGAGAGGAGGACGGUCAGGGGAUGGAGGACAACCAAGGCUCCAAACGGGACGCCGAGGAGCCCGGCCCCGGGCGGGUGUUUGUGGAGUGA